GGCUAAUUAGCCGUGGCGGUGCGCGGAGCCGCCGCACAAAGAGCGGGGGUGUCUCUGCUGCCGCUCCGCCUUGCCCCCCCCCCACUCCACCCGCCGCCUGCGAGGGAGCCGCUCCGAGAUCGCGCCCGGCCAGGCAGUGCAGAGAAAUGACUGCCCUUUAAGAUGUCCACCACCAUGGCAAACAGGAAAUGCCAAAGCACCACGGUGGCCAUGCUGGAUCACCGGACAAGAGCCUGUCCUUCUUCUCCCCACGGCCAAGCAGCUGAACAGGCCAACAAUACUUUGUCUGGGGAAGACUAUGUGGAGAAGGUGAUGGACGCGGUAUCACUUGGUCAAGGUAGCCUUCCCCCAGUUGACCCCGAGCAUAUUGAUAACAGUGCAGAUGGGGACUCUAGUUCAGAUUAUGUCAACAAUACUUCGGAAGAGGAGGAUUACGAUGAAGGACUUCCGGAGGAAGAGGAAGGAAUCACCUACUAUAUUCGAUACUGUCCGGAGGAUGACAGUUACCUGGAAGGAAUGGACUGCAACGGGGAAGAAUACAUCCCCCAAGAAGAGCAUCAUGUCGAGACGGACGAGUGCCACGAAGCUAUUGAGGAAGGUGAAUGGGUGGAGACCAAAAUCCAGCACCAGGACAACGUGGCCGAAGCGGUGGGCUACCAUGCAGGCUGCAUCCAGAUUUUGGAAAGUGAGGUGGCCUGUCUUGAAAUCCAGGACCAAGACGAGAGCAUCCAGUAUUGCCAUCCCAGUGAAGGGGGCUACUACUCGCCGGAAGCCAAUGGCAACUCCCGCCGGAUGUCCCCUUACCACGGCAGGAACGAAGAGGGGGGGGAUUUGGAAGAGCAGGAAGAGGACAUCGACCAGAUCGUGGCGGAGAUCAAGAUGAGCAUGAGCAUGAACAGCAUCAACAGCGCCUCGGAAAUGAGCCCCCAGCACGACGGGACUGAAAACGUGCCAAAUGACUAUGCAGAGACGUGUCCCAAGGGGGAGCCUGGCCACACGGCCGGUCGGCAUCUGGGGCGGCCCAAGUCCCUGAACAUCCCCCCAGCCUCCAAGCAGCUCGGAGAGGCCCCAAGGGGCUUCAAAACCAAGUCCAAGACUCCAGAGGACCGGCAGACCUGGCCACAAGAACAGGUAUGCAACGGCUUAGAACAACCAAGGAAGCAGCAGCGCUCUGAUCUCAAUGGACCGAUUGACAACAAUAAUAUGCUGGAGAGCAAGAAAGUACCGUCUUUCCCAAGCUUUGUUGAUGUUCCAGGGCCUUGCGAGCCUGAGGACCUCAUUGAUGGCAUCAUCUUUGCAGCCAAUUACCUGGGCUCUACCCAGCUGCUCUCCGAACGCAAUCCGUCCAAAAACAUCCGGAUGAUGCAAGCCCAAGAGGCAGUGAGCCGUGUCAAGAGGAUGCAAAAGGCAGCUAAAAUCAAGAAAAAAACGACUUCUGAAGGGGAUGUACAUGCUUUGACAGAGGUGGACCUGUUUAUCUCCACCCAGAGAAUUAAAGUUCUUAAUGCAGACACCCAGGAAACCAUGAUGGACCACGCACUGCGCACCAUCUCCUACAUUGCUGAUAUCGGCAACAUUGUGGUCCUGAUGGCCCGCCGUCGGAUGCCUCGGUCAGCAUCCCAGGAUUGCAUCGAGACGACCCCCGGGGUGCAAGAAGGAAAGAAACAGUACAAGAUGAUCUGCCAUGUCUUCGAAUCCGAGGAUGCUCAGCUGAUAGCUCAGUCGAUUGGACAAGCGUUCAGCGUGGCCUAUCAGGAAUUUCUUCGGGCCAACGGCAUCAACCCCGAAGAUCUCAGUCAGAAAGAGUACAGUGACAUCAUCAACACCCAGGAAAUGUAUAAUGAUGAUUUGAUUCACUUCUCCAACUCGGAUAACUGUAAAGAGCUGCAGAUCGCCAAACACAAGGGGGAGAUCCUUGGUGUGGUGGUGGUAGAGUCUGGCUGGGGUUCCAUUUUGCCCACCGUCAUCCUGGCUAACAUGAUGAACGGAGGGCCGGCAGCCCGUUCAGGAAAGCUCAGCAUCGGAGACCAGAUUAUGUCCAUUAAUGGGACCAGUUUAGUUGGCCUUCCUUUAGCAACCUGCCAAGGAAUCAUUAAGGGUCUUAAGAAUCAGACGCAAGUGAAGUUGAACAUUGUCAGUUGCCCUCCGGUCACCACUGUUCUAAUCAAGCGCCCGGAUCUGAAAUACCAGCUGGGUUUCAGUGUACAGAACGGAAUUAUCUGCAGCUUGAUGCGAGGUGGGAUUGCCGAGAGAGGCGGGGUCCGGGUGGGGCAUCGCAUUAUCGAGAUCAACGGUCAAAGUGUCGUUGCUACAGCUCAUGAGAAGAUUGUGCAAGCCUUGUCCAACUCCGUGGGAGAGAUUCACAUGAAGACAAUGCCUGCUGCCAUGUUCAGGCUGCUCACUGGUCAAGAAACUCCACUCUACAUCUAAAAGAGAAGCUUGACUGCUCCUCAACAGGGAAGCUUGACUGCUCCUCAAGCAAACCACAUUCUGCUGCCUAAGCUUAAACUUCCAGAGAAAUGUUGUAUUUUGUAGGAAACGGGCAUGGUUUGAACUCAAAACUGGCUAUUCUGGACACUCAAUGGAUCCAGUUCCUUUGCCUUCUUCUGUUGGUUUGUUUCUUAGUUUAUCUCUCUCUCUCCUUUGAAAACCUUGCCAAAAGAUGAUGAUGUUCUUUUUAUGGCAAAUAACCACUGACACCAUCUUUCCAGCCAUGUGAUUGGCAAACUCCCUCGUCAUGACUCAGGAUGAAGUCCACCGUGAAGCUGAUCAAGCGCCAGGGCUGUUUCAACCUUCUGGUCACAAAGAGAACUUGCAUUGUCCUUGUUCUGGGUGGGCUGUACUUCUAAUACUUUACUCUAAGGUGAUUCCGCAUGUCCGUAGCCCUCUGUCUGUCUCUGCCACCACCUUCAGCCACGAGGCACAUGUGAACGAGUCUAUGGAAAGAGGUUCUUUCCGAGUGGGAUGGCUUCCGCUGGAUGUUCCAACACGGGCGGGUUGUUGCAAUGACUGAGGACGGGUGCCGUUAUAAAAGGGGGUGCUGGAGGGAGGUUUGGGGGUGGGAGAGUGUCCAUUGCUAUCAAAUGAAAAACAAAACCUGCUGUUGUCAUUGGUAUCCUUAUUGUCACGUGUAAUGUGACUUUUGAUGAGACGUGGUUUGUAUGUGAAGUAGAAAGGUUUCAGAGUGAAUGUGAGUGAUAUGGAAAAAGAAACAAACUCUUUUUUGGGAGUUCUCAAUAUCCCUGCCAGAAAAAAAGUGAAAGAAUCUUUGCAAUACGAAUGUGGGAUAUUUAUUUCAAUGAGAUACAUUUCUGUUUUGGAGAGACCAAUCCUUUUUAACGCUGAAAAUACUGUUCCUAGAGUUUUGCAAGUUGGGAAAAACCAGGGAAAUGGGUCCUCUUUUCUCGUCCCACCACUUUCCAUAUCACCCUUUUGUUGGAACUUCACUCUCGAAAAGCCAUGCUUAAAUACAACUUUUUUAUAUCAGAAUGUUUAAUAUUGUUCUGUUUGUCUUUGAUUCUCCUGAGCCAACAUGUCUGAAUGUAAACAGUGACGACGAAUGCAAAGUCUUUGCCAUCAGCAGUAUUAGAGAUUUGUGGCAAUGAUAAACCAAGGAAUAGUAAGUAUCAUGUGUUCAUUACGAGAUAAAUGUCAACUGAUGUAACUCUUUUUGUCUCGAUUUCUUUUCCUCUCUCCUGUGGUCCACGGCCUCAAAGAAAAAUGACACUGUGACAAAAACAAAAAACAAAAAAAGAAGCCUUAGCCUACAGUAAAACCAUAGGAUUACUGUACUUCAAGGAGUAACACCGUAGAGCUCUGUUGCAUGCAAGGGACCCUAGGAGAGAAUUAAUCUAUACUCACUAAUAAAUUUGGAGUAAUAAAA